CAUGCGGAGCGGUCGCGGCGUAGUGUUCUGCUUGUGACUGCGGCAGUAGAGGCGGAUUUUCCUCCUUUUGCUGCUGAAGUUUUGAUGGUACAGUCGUCUUUCUUUGUAUGUCUGUGCACGUCACCGAUUUGUGUUCUCGUGGGCUGGAAUUAGCGUCUUGGCGGCAUGCCGAAAGGAAGGCAGUGCCACUGUUUUGCGCCUGGUUGUCGCACAGGCUAUGCAGGCAUCACAGCCGAAAAGAAACUGUCUUUGUUAAGCGUGCCCAAAGAUGAAGCACAUCGGAAACUGUGGCAGAAAAGUCUUCAUCGCAGUGACAAGCCCCUUGACGACAAAUGUGGGGUCUGUGAGCUACACUUCGAGGAUCACUACAUUCUUUGUGAUUAUGUGCACGUUGCGGAUGGCAAGGAGGUGAGGAUCCCGCGAGGAGUGCCGACGCUAACAACCGACACAGUCUUCACAAUCCUGCCAAAUGCUCCGAAAUACUUGAGCACAAGAGCCCCACCCAAACGUGCAUCUCGGAAACGGGAGGCGUCUGCAAAACUCGGAAGCCUGAGCUGCAAGAAGGGAAAAGAUGAAGACCCAGAUGCGAAUACCCCUACACAAGGUGAGCACGGAAGCGGUGGCGAUCAAUCGCCGAACUACAAUGAUGUUGAGAAGCUGUAACACCUCAAGACUCCGUCAGCCUCUUAAUCGGUUCAUCAAUUUGCUAUUUUUGAAGGCGCCGUGUACGCCCUUUUUGAUCUUGAAGCCGGGACUGGCACAGUCACCUCGGAGAGGACAGUCCUCUUCGGUGUCAGCACGAUGCAAGAGGUCACAUUCAAGACAUUUUUGAUUGGGAAAAUGAUUGCUGAAGGAGCUGUCAUGACUGUCCCAGAAGCGGAACGGGUUCUUCUUCGUGCCUCUGAAUUCCUCAAACGCCCUGGCGCAAUGUGCUCUUCUGCAACGUUGAAAGAAGAUCUGACAAACAAGCUACUAAGCAAUAUAACAGUCGUUCAGUCCGACUUCUAAGAGAGAUGUGUAGGGAUGACAGCUACCAGAGGAACACCAUGCCUACCCUGUCGAUACCUACGCAAGGCCUUGCCCACGCAAGGCCUUGCUCACGCAAGGCCUUGCUCACGAGGAUCUCUCGAUCCUCGUGAGCAAAGCAUCAACAUCACAGACAAGUUUCAUCAGCUGCCCAGAAGCUUAGGUCAGCCUUGCAGAAGCAUAGGAGAUUGUCCAGAAAGGUACUAAGCUUAAAGGGACAAAUUGAAAGCAUGAAAGCUCGAAAUGCUGUAAUGAAGGAAGAAACCUUGAUGGAGAAAAUUGCAAUGCUAUCUCAGAAGCAGCAGGAAAGUGUGCGGCACUGCUUCGCAGCAUUAAGGAGAAAAAGCACCAGGGGCAUGCAUUUCACGAAUGAUUGGGUGUUGGAGUGCAUUCUGAUGAAAAUGAAAAGUCCGAAGCUGUAUAGACACAUAAGAACGCACGGCAUUCUUGUUCUCCCAAGCAACACAACUUUGAAGAAAUACACUUCAACAUACAAGAGCGACUUCGGAUUCAGCAAGAAAAUUCUGCAAACCCUAAAGGAGAAAACAAGCACAAUGAAAACAUUCAGGUGUCAUGGAGGUAUUUUAAUUGAUGAAAUUAAACUAUCCGAACAUCUGUGUAUUGUAAAGUCCGGGAAACUGCAAGGAUUUGUGGAUUUGGGCCCUUUCACGCAGCCUAAAGGUGCAAACCUUCCAUGCGACCAUGGGAUGGUUGUGAUGUUUGUGCCUUUCGCUGGCAAAUUCUCGCAGAUCUUGGGGGUGUUUGCUGCACAUGGAAAUGUUAAGGGCGAGCUUCUCUCUAAAAUAGUGGUCAAGGCCACAAUCCUAGCAGAGCAGGCGGGACUGUUUGUGGACUUUAUGACCUGUGACGGUGCCUCAUGGAACAGAAAAAUGUGGAAACUAAUGGGCAUUCAGGCAACUGCAACCAAGGUCACCUGCAAGGUGGAGCAUCCUGUUGACCCGAAGAGGUUCCUUCACUUCCUCUCGGAUUUCUCCCAUCUAGGGAAGUGCCUUCGGAACUCUCUACUGAAAGGGGCACUGACACAUCAAAAUCAUAUUUUAUUUGAUUAUCCGAAACAAUUGAAAAUGAUGCUGGGACAUUACCCUCAAAAUUCGAAACUUGGGAAUUCAGUAUUUCUGAAUUAAAAAAACAAUUUCCAAAUGCCGAAUUUGAAGUUCCCGCGCGAUCCGCACCAGUGCAGUGAGUCACAUUUUGCGGUCUCCUACGACUCGACUUUCUUUCGGACCUCCGCUCCACGCUUUGAAGCAAAGCACCGUUGCUACUGCGACCCGAAGCGAGGAGGAGGUGAGCAGGCGGGAUAGAAGGGUGCCGGCGCGGGAAAAAAACGGUUUAUUCCCCAACUCGCCGAUAACCCUCUGCUUGAGCGCCGCCAAGUUUUCCGAGGGAGGAUACAAAUCCAGGAACCGACAUCACACUGAAAUCUGAUUUUUGGUAUUUCAAAAAGAAAAACCGUAGUGUGUUCGCAAUUGCGUUAAAAAACAUGUUUUACGAUUGCCGUUAUUAAAUGUUAUAGAAAUGUCGCCUACAAAGCUUCUAAUUUUCCAGAUUUUUGACGUCGCCGAUCAAAAGAAGCAAGGAGGUGAGCGCGGGAGAUAUAAACGUCAAAAAUAAGAAGGCGCGCGCGUGCGCAAGGAACUUUUUUUUUGCAAUGCAUUUUUUUUUGCGUGUUUAUGACUACAACUUGCAUCGUUUUAGACAAUAAAAAAGAAUACGACCUUUGGGUUGGUUGGUUGAUUGGUUGAUUGGGGGUUUAUGGCACAUCAGCAUCUAAGGCUAUAAUGUGCCAAGAGUCUGAACUAUUGCAGUAGGGGGUUAGAGAGAAGAAAGAGCUAUAGUAGCAGGUGAUGUGAUAAAAAUAAGGACACGCAUUUGUAUAAGUGUAAAAGGUAUGGUCAUGAGUUUGGGGUGGAAAAUAAAAUCGCAGUCGGUGUAUAAGGCCGAUAUCAGUGAGAAACUUAAAUAAGCAAUCAUGUGAAAUAAGUGGUUCAUCACCUAGAAGCAGAGCUAGGUGCAGUGGGACAUGUUCUCUAUAUAGUUGUGAGAAGUGUUUCUGACGGUAUUGAUCAUAUGUGUGACAUUCAAUUAAAAUGUGUGAAACACCUAAGGUUAUGUUACAGUAUUCACAUACUGGAGCAUCCUCCCCACUCAAAAGGUGCCCAUGUGUGAGACGUGUAUGACCAAUUCGUAACCGACACAGGAUUACUUCGCAGAAGCGCUCCCGAUGCCGGGCACUCUCCCAUUCACUUAUGUAAGGUUUUACAGCAUGUAAUUUGUUGUUCAUUUCAGUAUUCCACUGAAAUUGCCACUUUGACCGAA